AUGAAAGAGUCCGAAAAUGUAUCAGACUACUUUACAAGGGUAUUGGUUAUUGUCAACCAAUUGAGAAGAAAUGACGAUAACAUUGAAGAUAGUCGUGUCGUAGAAAAAAUUUUACGCUCGUUGGAACCAAGGUACGACUAUGUAGUUGCGGCUAUAGAAGAAUCAAAAUAUGUGAAAGAAAUGAAGGUGCAAGAAUUAUUAAGCUCUCUAAAAGCUCAUGAAGCAAGAAUGCAAAGAAGAAGGAGAGAGCCUAUGGAGCAGGCUCUACAAACCAAGCUCACCAUUAUUGACCAGAAAGAAGAGUCAAAGACCGAAGGUUCGCAAGAAAAUGGCGGUGGUCGUGGUAACUUCCGUGGACGUGGCCGAGGUAGAGGCCGUGGCAGGGGCUUUGCUCGAGGCCGAGGAAGAAGUAAAGACAACAAUCAAGGUAGAGACCAAAGGUAUGACAAAAGAAAUGUAAGAUGUUAUACUUGCAACAAAUUUGGUUAUUAUGCAACGGAAUGCCGCUCUAACAAUGUGCAAGGGAAUGCUAAUUACGCGUCAAAAGAAGACAAUGACAAUGAUGUAGUUUUACUAGCAAGAAAGGAUGGAGAUUCCACAAACAAGAAUUUGUGGUAUUUAGACUCCGGGGCAAGCAAUCAUAUGUGCGGGCGUAAAGAUAUGUUUGUCGAGUUGGAUGAAAUGGUGAAUGGACAAGUUUCAUUUGGAGAUGCGUCCAAAAUCCAAGUAAGAGGCAUUGGUAAGAUUCUUAUCAAACUUAAAGAUGGAUCUCACACAUACAUCACUGAUGUUUAUUAUGUGCCCGACAUGAAAACAAAUAUUAUUAGUCUUGGACAAUUGCUUGAGAAAGGUUUUAAUAUGCAACUAAAAGAUGGUAGUCUUCGUCUGAGAAAGCAAAGCAAACUUAUUGCUCAUAUUCCUAUGUCUAAAAAUAGGAUGUUUUCUCUUGAUAUUAAGCAUGUUACUGCAAAAUGCUUAAGUGCAUGCAUAAAGGAUAUUACAUGGCUAUGA